AUGGCCCUAGACUUCAAGAACAGCAAAUCAUAUAUUCGGGCAAUAAAGCAAUCCUUCCUCACACGUCUUAGGUUUGGCAGAUGGCAUUCCAAGAACCCAGUUUAUCAAUUGCGUGCGCAUAAAAAGGAGUACGAGCGUGUUAGAGAUGAAUACACCCGUAACGGCGAUAAAAAAGGGUUAUCAGAGUGGGAGAGGCAACAGCAAACAGCUUGGAAUAUACGACGUGAAGAAGGGGACAAGCUACUGAGCUAUAUCAACUCGACUGCUGUAUCAAGGUCAGACGAAUUGCGGGAUUUGAAAACGGAGCGACGAGAGCGGAUUUUCGAACGGCUCAGGGCUCUGGGGUGGGACGACAAGUACUUUGUAUUCUGGAGGGGAAGUUGUAGUGCUCGAAAACAAUGGCGGGCUCUACUUGAGGUUUCCAAACCUCUCACUGAACGAAGUUGGACAAACAUGCUUCCUAAACUAACACUAUUGCUGGAAGAAAAUCGUCCCGUGAUUGACGAGCACGAGCGGGAAGGACGUCGAACUGAUAGGCGGUCCAGGGUCGCUACCCUACUACGAAAGUUUAACGCCAGCACGAAUCCGUAUCAACCCAUUAUCGACGAGCUCCAGAACUCUUCGGCCUCCCUAGCAUCUUCGGAAAGGACUAAUAACAAACCGAGGCUCGAUCCACCGUUCCCCGGCGACAGUGUUGUCGGCGAAUGGGAUUUCAUUAUUAGCUUAUGCGAGGAGGAGAACUCCCUUGAUAUCCUAGAGGGAUUGUUCAACGCACACAAGGAUACAAUCUCCCAGAAACUGCUUGAAUGGCGAACUAAAGUAGAAGACCAUUUGGUCAACCAAUAUACUUCUUCGUUCGCCAAAAACACCGAUUCGCCCCUCAGUACUACUCUGACGGCAAGUCAAUCUCUUUUGGUAUCUCGUUACACGGCCGGGUUUCUAAGAAAUUCUAUCCCAAUAAUUCAGGUUAGAGGAAAGAGCGAUGCAACGAAUCACUUAUCGGAUAACACUCGUUUUCUGCUUCGCGCUGACACGAUAUUUAUGCAAUCUCGUCCGACCCCAUGCUAUAACGACGCCGGCGAGGAAUAUGGAGCAGUCAUCAAUAACGUACAUUUUCCCGACAUGUACCAAAUUCAAAACGUUCCCUAUCUCUACAAAACUUUCCUCGAGCCAGAAAACAUUGUUGAAGACUUGGAGUCUUACGUUCGACAUGAAGGCAAGGAGACUAUCGCAAGGACUCUGUUAAAGGUGCUAGAAAUGCCCGAUGCGGCCUAUAUUGAGUUGAAGUAUAUGGGAAAGGUGUUUGUCUGCGGAAGGUGCACCAAUGGUUCGGUUAUGGAAUGGUCUGGAAUCAUCGAACAUUACUAUACGAGGGAAAAAUCUUGGGUGAACGGUAGUAACAUCCGUAAUUCCUUUAAAACAAAACACCCUGUUAUGUGCAAGAACACGCACGAUCUGGAACCAGGUGCGAUGUCACAGCCACUCGUACGUAUUGGCGAUGGCGAGACGUCGUUCAACCCAGUCUUGCGCUGUCUCAUCUGUGACUGGUUUGAGAGGCUUGGGGGUAGCUCUGGCUUCGAGUCGAUGAAAGACAUGCGGCAGCACAUGUUAGAAGUGUAA